UAGUUGAAUAGUAAUCAAAUAGCAUAGAAAGAUAGAGCAAAAGACGCUCUAUCUGUUCAUAAAAAAAGAAAUUUUUUCCAAGCAGUCUAUACGAGAUGAAGAUGCGAGGCUUACUACUUUUGGUAUGACCUAAGUAGUAUCCUGUUACCAUUACAGAAAUCAGUAAAAAUUUGACCGUGAGAUUUUGAAACUUGGUGUGACUUCAAAACCUCCUGGGAUUUCAUAAAAGACAGAGAAACUUCAAGACUUAUGAGCUAUACACUUUCUGUUUAAGUAUUAGUCGCAUAUAAGAAAAUGUUCGAUCGAUAUAUAGAUAUGAAGAAACAAAAUAAAUAGAAUUCCGAUAUCUAUAUUUUAAUUUUUCUGUGCAUAAAUUUUAUCAUUCUCAAUAUGAUUCCUUUUCCAGUAUAAAGUAGUGCUUUUGUCGAGAUGAGAAUUUUUCACACGUUGGCAUUCUUGAUAUCUUAUUAACAUUUUGAUUAUAUUGCAUUGAUUCAGAGAUACGUUGCUUAAAAUAGAAAGAAUUUUUGAAGCAGUAUUUCAAACUAUAUUGAAAAUUAUGAAAACUCUUUCAGAGGAAAAAUUUAAGUUCAAUUUCUGUUAUUUAAGUGAUAUAUUGUGAAUACCUAUUCAUCAGUUAGAAAUUUUGAAAAUUUCGUAUUUUCAUAGAAAACAUUCGCAUAGUGAUCGUUAAAUAACAUAAAUUAUUUAACAAAAAUCAUUUUUAAUUUUAUCAUAAUUUUCUCAAAACUUUUUAUCUAAUCAAAUAGUUUUUUCAAUACCAAAUACUCCUAUAUCAUUGAUUUAUUACUGAUUUGAACAGAAAAACAUUGCCAAUUUAUUAAUCAAUUGUUAAGGUGUCCUGACAAUUAUUAUUCCGUUUUACGAUUUCUAAGGACAACAUAUUGAGUAGAAUCAUUUUUCAAAUUAAUGGCGGAUCGAAAUGGUUAAAAUCAUUAAUUCCCUAUACAACUAAACAUUCGUCAUUUGCUUGUCUUUUUGAAAACGUCUUUUUAAUUAAUAGUAACAACAAAUAGAACCGUCUCUAAUUAUUUUCAUUAUUUUUCAUUGUAAUAUAUCCUAUUUUAUUAUGUUAAUUAGAUGCAUCAAGUGAAUGUGAUGGAAAAAUCGAAAGAAUUUCAUUCGCAAUAUCAACUGAUUUUAGUAAACAUUUUCAAUUUAACUUUUUUAAAGUCAAUGUGCACUAUCUGUUCUUGAAAAAAAGAACAGUAAGGCAUAAAGAACACAUCUUAUUGAGCAAAAGGACUUUUAACAAGUAUUACAUUAAAUGAUUCACGAUGUAUUCAAUUAUGGAGUAAAAUUAUAGAUGGUGUAUCUGAUAAGAUGACUAUAGCUACACUAGAUUCACUUGUAAUUCAACUUCUAUUUUUUCCACCAAUUACCACAAGAUGGACAUUUUAAGAAUUAAUUUUAAAAAAAAUAAGAAUUGUGUUUGUUGGUCCAAAUGAAAAAGCAUUAUCAGUUGUACUCUAUCCGGUUAGAACAAAAGAAUAUGCUAAAACAACAAGAUUUGACGAUAGAGCUAUUAUCACCAUCAAUCCAAUGGUAUUUGAUGAAGAUGCAUUAAAAAGUUAG